UGUAAAAAUAAUGCCUCCAACAACAUUAACAAGUUCGCUCCAUCCGAGCAAUCGAGAUGCAAUAGCUUGGAAUGAAAAAGGCUUGAUAGCCUUUGGAUGUCAUUCAACUUUGGUGCUUUUUGACACUUGUAAACUUGAAGUCUUUCAAACGCUAGAACAACACACUACAGCAAUUAAUUUGGUUUGUUGGAAACCUCCUAUUGACCUUCUCUUUCGAAUAAAAUCAAAAGAUGUUAACAACGACAAUAUUCGUUAUUGUAGUGAUAUUAAUGUUGGCUGUGCUUCUUCAGAUAUUAGCGGCAAUAUUUUUAUUUGGGAUAUUCAAUUAGGAAUUGUUGCUGCUUCUUUGCGUUAUUUGACUACAAAUGUUAAUGAUCUCAAAUGGUUAAAUUGGCCAAAUUCAGAUUACAACCUUUUAUUAAGUAUUCAUUCCAAUUCAACUCUAAUUCUUUGGAAUAUUGACAAAAAGGAAAGAAUUUGGGAACACAAAUUUAAUGUCAGCAUAUAUAAAAUUAGUAUGGACCCUUUUGAUCAGACAAAAGCGGCAGUAAGCUCUGUUGGUUCUAGUCUAAUCCUUUUGGAAAAACUUUCAUCCCUCCACUGGUCUAGUUCAAAAAUUACUUCAAUGUCACUUGAACCUCGAACAAUUCCAAAUUCCUCUACAAAAUUAAAUAAUUCUUCUUCAAUUAUUCAAUUAAAAUAUCAUCUGGCUUACCCACAACUUUUAUUUGUUCUAUUUCCGACAGAAAUUUGUUUGGUUGAAACACAACAUUGUCAAGUUAUUUUUAGUUCAAUUAUUGAUACAGGAUCGCCUUUAGUUCAGAUUCUUCCCUGUGCCGAAAAAGAUGCCUUCUUUUUAAUCCAUCAAAAUGGGACUUGUUCUUUUCGGCUUGCCAAUUUUCACUUUUCUGAUGAAAAAAUGAUUUCCGAAUUGGAUUAUGAAAGAAAAUGUUCAAUAGAUUCAAUGCAAAGGCAAUCAAUUAGAUUAAGAGUUAUGGGAGCUUCAAUAUGUCCUACAACUAAUUCUUCUUUUGUUUUGUUAAUUAAUUCUGGAAAAUUGUUAAUUUAUCAAUUGGAAGAUGCUCGUCAAGAAAUUGAACCUUAUCGUAUUGGAAUGAUCAAUGAUUUUAUUGAAUUAAAUGAGGAAUGUCAAAUGCGUGUUGCUAGUAAAUCUGGACAGCUCAGAUUAACUCAAUAUGGAAUUUAUUCACCAUUAAGUACUACAAUUACAGUUAUUAGAAUGCGUCCAAUAGAUUUAUUAACUAAUUCUGUACCCAGUUUAAUUUUUUCUUCUAAAAUUGGUCAAUUAGCAGCAGUUGGAAGCUCUACUGGAAUUAUUCAUUUAAUUAAUGUUUGUGGAGAAAAAAUUUGUAAAUUUAAAGAUUUACAAAUACAUAGCUGCCCUGUCAAAUGUUUGGAAUGGGCUGGUCCAAAUGCUAUUGUUUCUGCUGCUUAUAUUGCUUCUCUAAGUUCUUCAAAUACUGUUCGGAAUGAUAUUUUUAUAACUGAUAUUCAGACUGGUUGGAAACGUCGUCUUAGGCCAGAACGAGAAGAAUCUCCAAUCGAGACAAUUCGUGUGUCCCACUACAACAGUUAUUUGGCCAUUUCGUUUCGUCAAAAUCCUCUUGAAAUUUGGGAUUUGGGUACUCAACGACUUUUAAGAAGAAUGAAUAAACGUUGCCCCAUAAUUUUGGAUAUGUGUUGGAGUGGAAAACAUCAUCAGUCUAAAAUUGUUAAUGAAAGCAAAACGAAGAUUUUUCGAGAAAAUUUGGUUGUUUUGGAUAAUGAUAAUCAUCUAUAUCACGUCGUUGUCAAAGGACUUCAUGUCCGUGAUGGAAAAGAAGUUAGUACACAAUGGAAAAGUGGUGCAGCAUUUUUACGUUGUAUGGUUUGGAAGGAUGAUGUUUUGGCUUUUGGUGAUAGUGCUGGACGUAUUGGUGUUUGGGUUUUGGGUGAUAAAUCGCAUUGUAGACAAUCUGGAUUGGGAAAUUCUACUAGAGGACCUGUUUUAAGAAUUGUGUUUUCAAAAUUGGCUGGAGAUUUUACUUUGGCUGCACAACACCCAACUUCCUUAGUUAUUUGGGAUACGGAAAGAUUACAUACAGUUUUUGUUUUACAACGUCCUGGAUUAAGUGUUAUUGAUAUUGAUAUGUGUGGAUUAACUCCUGUUUACAUUACCUCUGAUGGAAUGCUUCGUUAUGCUAUUUCUGAUACUGGAAAAGGUUCAAAUAUUUCUUUGAGUGAAUCAGAUUGCCCAUUUUUAAUUCGUUCAACACACUCAAAUAUUUUACAAAAUUUAAUUUGUUAUAUCUCCAAUUUUCAACAAGAUUUACUUCAGAAUUUAUUUAAAAUUGAUGACAAUUAUUACAAUUAUUUGCUUAAAAAAUUGGAAAAAUUUGAACAAAAUAAAUUGUUAAAAAUUGGUUUUUUGUGUCAAUUUAUUGGAUUAUUAUCUUUAACAAAUUUUAUUAAAAUUGUUGAAAAUGCUUCAAAUAAAGAUGGAUUGAAUGAUAAAUAUUUGUCAACAAAUUUGUUGCAAUUUUGGUCAAAAAAUUGUUUUCAGAAGAGAAUGGAAUUAAUUGUUCGUUUACUUCUAUCAACUUGUAAAAAUGAAAAUCAUUUGGAACAAGCAAUUGAAAAAUGUAUAAUUAUGAAAAAGAAUGAACUAGCCAUUUAUUAUUUGCUAAAUAGUGACAAAACAAUUAACAACACAAAAACUAAAGAUGAUAUAAAAUUUAAUUCUUUUCGUGCUUGUCUUUUAUCUGCUAAUUUUGAUAGUGAAAAUUCAAAAUGUUUGGUUAAAUUAAAUGCAACAAAUUUAAUUGCUUCCAAUUUUAUUUCUGAAGGUAUUCAACUACUUUCUUUAAUUGACCAAGGAUUGGAUGCAUGUAAAUAUUUAAUUUCACAAGGAUUGUGGAAUAUUGCUUUGAUCUAUUCUAAAAUUUAUCCAAAUUGUGAUUUUGUUGAAAUAUAUACAAGAUAUGCUGAAUAUUUAAUUACAAAUGUAUUAGAUAAGAAUAGUUUGGCUUUAAUGAUAUUUGCAAGUUUGGGAAAUUGGCAAAAAUGUAAGACACUUAUUGAAGGUGAAAAAGAAGAAAUGUCUGCAAAUAAACAAUUAAUUUUACAAAUAAUUGAUUUAGCUAUAAAUUGA